CCUCUUCCGAAUCUGGCGAAAGAGAACAACCAGGCCGAGGACGUGUUCCUCCCCCCUUCUCCCACGAAAGCCAGGUCAGACUGUGGUAGAUACUUACAUAUUAUGUAGGUUCUGUACAAGGUCCGGUGGUGCGCUCCCGACCAUGGGCUGUGCCACCCCAAAGACGCAGCAUGUCUUCUUGAUCUGGACCCCAAUCACACUCUACACCAACAGCCUUCGUUCAGUUCGGCCAACGAUGUGCAGAUGCCGCUGUGUGCUCCAACGAGACGGACGGGGUCCCUCGCGCCGACCUGCCACCUCUCGUCACAAUCACACUUGCCUCUCCACCUUUCUCUCCUGCAAACACCAAAACACAUAUGAGGCGUCGUUUCGCAUAGCUCGCGAUCUUUGAAACCACGUCCACUCACAUCGUGAGAGCGCUAUUACAGACACUCUCGGCGGCCUAGUCGUCGUAAAUAAUAAGCCCUUCACGAAGCCCUGCCAAAAAUCGCCGCUCUUCCCCGCAGGCAUGUAAGACAGCCAUUCCGCCCUCAGCGAUCGAUAUCUCCCAACCGAGCAGAGCAGAGCAGAGCGGACUUGUCUUGUACCUUUGGCUGUCGAUACACGGUUGACGAUUUCCGACUAGCCCGACAGUUGGCAAUAUUGAAAUACGUCCCCCCCUCCUCGCCUCUGCUUUCCGCAAUGCGGUCUGCGGCCGCUGUUCUUGUGUUCGGCCUCGCCCUCGGCCGGGUUACGGCAAUCCACGUGGCUAAGGGUUCACCUUGCGAGACACUCUGCGGCAACGUACUCGAUGCGACGACGGAAACUGACGUUAUCUGCCGCGAGGGCGAUUACGCCAGCGGCUCUGGUCCCGUGUACCAACAGUGCGUUUCCUGCGAGUUGACAAGCGAUUACUCGACGACAACUCAGACAGACACCCAAUGGCUCUUAUACAACUUGCGAUAUGCCGUCUCGUACUGCUUGUUCGGUUUCCCAGAGAACCCGGAUGUUGGCUCCAGUCCGUGUCUUACAAGAACUGCCUGCGAGCCUUUGCAGAAAGCUGUGAUGUACGCCGAGUUGGCACCGAACAGCACCGAGUACGAGUACUGUUCCGUGUGGGAUCAUAACCAGGUUGGGAGUUGCGCCGCCUGUCUGCGUGCGGGAGACAACCAUUACUUGACCAACUUCCUUACCAUAUUGGACGCCGGGUGCCAACAGAGACCGUCGCCGGGUGCCACGAUUUCUGUGGAGGGUUCCCCUUUCUCCAAGACCCGUGUCAACAUCACCGAACCAACGCCGACAAACACGUACCUGCCGGACUACAACAGCGGUCCCCUCAGCCUCGGCGCCAAGGUCGGCAUUGUCAUCGGAGGUGUCCUACUCAUCCUGGCCGUAGCAGGGUUCUGCAUUGUCUGGAACGGGAAAAGGCGGCGCAGAGCAUUCUUGAAGCAGCUUGAGAUGAAGCAGCAGAGCGGCGGCCGCUCCGGUUGGCCUACGCCCCUCAACACCAGCGGCAUCAGCGGCACUCCUCUCAGCCAGAAGCCCCUGCGGAGCUGGGACGACACCCCAAGCACCCAAGGGCAUACGCGAGGUUGGGACGAAUCUCCCCUGAGUCCCCAGGGAGAGAAGGCGUUUCCGAGGUAUUUCUCUCCAUACUCGUCCCAAUACAACAGCCCCGUCAGCGGCAACGAGGCGCAGAGCAUGCAGUGGCCAGCCGGCAACGCGGUUCCCAGAGGGCCGCUGCAGCAUAUCGGGAUUGCGCUCGGUGGCGAUGAUCCCCAGGGCAGCUGGAAUGAUUCGAAAGGAAAAGAGAGGUCAGAGUCGUAUGAGUUGAGGGAGGUUGAGCCCGACUGGGACGCAAGACAGAGAUACCCGAGCCCACCCGUCGUUCAACAGCCACCACACACAAUGUAUGCGGAGCACAACCCAGCAGCCUAUCAUGGCCUGACGGAGGAGGACCUGAGGAGAGGAUUUGCCGCCUAGGGUGCAGUGCGCAUGACAUUCAGGGUAGAUGCGUUCGCGUCCGUUGCUCCUUCUGCAAGUUGUUUUGGUUUAGCGGGAGUUUGGAGUUGAAGAUACCGCCUCGGUAUGGUUGUCAUCGGCCUUGAGGCCUGAAUGCAGAAGCCCCUUGGCAAUGACCCUGGAUGUUAUACCAAGUACAAAUAUAAUGAAUUGAUGUCCAACUUUAA